AUCAACAGUGAAGAUGAUGACGGUGGUGUGGUGGUGGGAAAGUGGGCCAAUUAUUCAGAUGGGGUUGAUCCAGGACGGUGGAUCAGCAGCACAGACAUUUUGAGCCAGUGGGCAGAAAGUGGCCCCGUCCGCUACGGCCAAUGUUGGGUCUUUGCUGCAGUUGCAUGCACAGUGUCCCGUGCCCUGGGCAUCCCAUGUCGAGUAGUUACCAACUUUGAAUCGGCUCACGAUACUGACGGCAGCCUGGUGAUAGAAUAUCUGUUUGAUGAAGAUGGUGAAACAACUGGAAAUGAUUCGAUAUGGAACUUCCAUGUUUGGGUGGACAGCUGGAUGACUCGUCCUGAUUUGGGCCCGGAGUUUGAUGGGUGGCAAACCAGUGACCCAACCCCACAGGAGACAAGUGAAGGUCUUUACUGUUGUGGACCAGCCUCUCUGAGGGCCAUCAAGGAAGGAGAGCUGACCACAAAGUACGAUGCUCCCUUUAUUUUUGCUGAGGUUAAUGCAGAUGUCGUGCAAAUGAUGUGCCUGCCAAAUGGAGAGUGUGUCGAGAUCAGAUCAACUAAGUCUGUUGGACAGUACAUCAGCACCAAAGCUGUGGGCUCAGACGACAGACACGACAUCACACACCAGUACAAAUAUCCAGAAGGAUCAGAGGAGGAGAGGCGGGUGUAUGAGAAGGCUCAACACCACAACAAGCUCCAGCAGCGAGGGGAAGAGCCGGGGCUCCAUCUCAAGAUCAAACUGGCUGAUAACAUGAUCGUUGGCUCGGACUUUGAGGUGUCAGCUGUCCUCACUAACAACUGCAUGGAGGCAAAGACCUGCUCCUUCCUGUUCUUCGCCACGGCUGUCAGCUACAAAGGACAGAGAGGGGAGCGCUGUGGAUUUGUUUUAGACAAAGUGAAGGUGCCUGCUGGAGAAGAAAGGCGUCUGUCCCUCAGACUGGAGUAUGAGCGUUAUGGAUCAGUGAUCACCUCUGACAGAAUGAUUCAGCUUACAGCCAUCUCCACCGACAAGCAGACCAUAGAUUUCCAUAAGGCUGAGAAGACAAUUGUGCUAGAUGAGCCAGUCAUAAAUAUCAAGCUGGUGAGAGAAGCCACAGUGAACCAGUCGAUGACGGCAGAGCUGACCUUGAUGAACUCUUUACCAGAGUCGCUGCUGGACUGCAGCUUCACCAUAGAGGGGAUUGGCCUUACUGAUGGCAAACCCAUAACAGCAAAGAUUGAAGCUGUGGGGCCAAAACAGGAAGCCAAGGCCAGCAUUGAGUUCAGUCCAACCAGAGCUGGCACCAGCGUGCUGCUGGUGAACUUUGAUAGCGACAAACUCAAGAACAUCAAAAGCUUCAUCAAUGUUGUUGUGAAGGAAUAAGCCAGAACACAAAGCCUAACAAUAGUACUUGUUUUUAAAAAAAAUAUUUUUUCUUGAGUAACUUUAUUACCAAAUAAAUAUUCACUAAUCACUAUAAACAAAUUCAUUUUACUUGAAUGAUUAGAAUGAUGCAUUUAUUUUGAUUUGAUUACAUUUAAUACAUUUUAACCCACUGCUGCCUAAGCUGGAUAAAGUAGUUGUUUCUUUAAGGGAGUAAUGCUUCCUAACCUCUGUUUAGGUUAUUGGUGAUGGAGGAAAAAAUCCAAUUUGCUUACCAAAAAAUAAAAUUUUGAUUGAAUAUGA